CCAUUCGUCGCCACCCAUCCUGUCCCUAGCCUGCAAGAAGAUCCGUCUAAAACUGGGACAGGACCCGCUGGUCAAGAAUGCAUAUAUGCAUUCGAUAAAUCUAAUGCCAAACGUGGCAGUGUUGGCAUUUCCUCUUCCGUUUCUGCCGAAGACGACGAUAAACGAACCUCAGAAAGGGUUACGGGAACACUAAAGUAAACCGUAUUGAACGAAGCAGUCACUUCGUAACAAGAAGCAUUUGAGGAAAGGUUACACCCUACAACUCAAAAUGUCGGAAAGAAAAGUUUUGAACAAAUACUACCCUCCGGAUUUUGAUCCGUCUAAAAUUCCCAAGAUGCGAAUGCCGAAAAACAGGACCUUCAGCAUUCGUAUCAUGGCACCUUUUAACAUGAGAUGCAAUACUUGUGGAGAAUACAUUUACAAAGGCAAGAAGUUCAAUUCUCGCAAAGAAAAUGUGGAUGAUGAGUUUUAUCUUGGGCUACGAAUUUUCCGGUUUUACAUCAAGUGUCCAAGAUGUGUAGCUGAGAUUGCUUUCAAGACUGACUUGGAGAACACUGACUAUGCCUUGGAAGCUGGAGCCCAACGCCUGUUUGAGGCGGAGAAGUUGGCACAAAAGAUGGCUGCUGCUGAACAGAAGGAGAAAGAAGAUGAAGAGAUGAACCCAAUGAAGGUGCUUGAGAACAGGACGAAAGCCAGCAGGAAUGAAAUAGAGGAACUUGAUAAACUGGAGGAGCUGAAAGAGAUCAACUCAAAGAAGGCUAAUCUGGACCAUGAACAGAUGAUACAAGUCCAUCAGAAGUAUGAAGAACUGCUGGCUAGAUUACAAGAUGAAGAGGAUGAGAAGAUUAUAGAGUCUAUAUUUGGAGAGAAGAAUGGUGAGGCAGUGAAGAGACUGGCAGACUCUGACAGUGAUGAAGACAGCUGUGAUGCUCCGCCUGUCAAGAAGCAACCUCCCCCAGAGAGGCCUACUGAUAUUUUUGCUGAGGUGAACCCAGAAAAGAAGAAACAGGAAACAAAGAAACAAGAAAGCUGGCAAAGAAGUGUCGGAUCUUUAUCAUCAAAAAACACUCUAUCUAACCUGGUUGUGAAGAAAAAGCCAGCUGCAAAGCUCAGUUCCACAGUUGCUAACAGUACAACUAGUCACUCACAAGCUGUCAGUAACAAGGACAACUCAAGUUCUAAAGACAUUGAGCCAAAGGAGCAGUCAAAACCUGUUGUAUCUGGUUUGAGCAUGCUGGGAAAUUAUUCAGCAAGUGAUAGUGAAGGGUCUGAGUAAGAGGUUCACCAUGUUCACUGUUGAUCUGUUUCAUUAGACCAUGGUCUGUGUGAACAGGCCAUUACUUAACAUACUGCACAGACAGCAAGCAGCAUUCGGGAUAUUUUAUGAGCAAGGCUCAACACCAUAUUCAGUGACAAUUGUAACGUAGAAAUUUGAUAUGCUUAAUUAAAUGAUAUGUCCAAUGUGGUCUGCUGGCACAUGCUUCCUGUCUGUGUAGAAAGGAAACAAAACAAGAUCACUUCAUUCAUGAUUCUUGUUUUCCCCAAAACAUUAUUCCACACUUUUUUUUACUGUACAGCAAUCGUAAUGAAGGCUGGGCUCAUUUAAACUUUACUUGCAGAAUACCUUAUACAUAGUGUGAACCAGAAAUUUGGAUACAAUGGAAGUUAAUUAAUAUACUAAAAUAGAUCUUGGAACAGUUAUUUCAUAUGAAAUGUGAAGAUUUACUGUCACACAUCAAUGGCUAUCAGACACCAGUUAACGUUGCCAGUCAGACAAAUGUUAUAUCUUCUACCCCGUGCAUAAAUUCUAGUUAUGAAAAACUUGCCUUAUACACAGUGAUUUUAUAUAUUCAAAAAAGGAUAUACCAUUGUUGUAUUGUCAGCAGCGUACCUGCGCUCUCAGGUUCUCACAGAUCAGUGAGAUCUGCAUCACUUCAGGCCUCUUCAUUGACACUAAAAAAUAUGAGUGGCACUUUUUUCAAUGCUAGAGCGUACCUAUUGGCGCAACAUUUAAUAUAAUCCACAGUUCUUCUAUUCCAUGGUUACCAUGAAUGGCAAAAGCCUCAACUGCAUUGGCACACAUUUUAGUAGUUAAGGUGGCAAUUGGCAACACUCAAAAAGAAAACCGGGCUGAAGCACUGCCUCUUACACAAUAAGCUGAUGUGGAAGUACUGUACCAUGGGUAAAACAAUACACCCUGGUAUGACUUUAUAACUUAACUUGUCACUGUAGAAAGUUAAGUUGUCACUGUAGGAAGAUGCUUCGGGCAAACAGACAAUUUGUCUCUUAAUAUAUAUCUUAGUGGAUUUGUCAUAGUGGGAAGCUACCUGUGGCACUAUCUACAAUCAGUGAGGCAACAUUACUAUCUCACUAAAGUCAUUAAUUUCAGGAUGCAAGUUUAACUGUAAUAACAUCUUCAUAAUUAUCAUGAUCAUCCCCCCUAUAAGUAGGAAUUUUAGGACUUUUAUUUAUGAAUGAUUGUAUUUGAUUAUUCCUCCCAAUUCUUUGUUGAAUCCAUUGUUAUAAUUGGAUGGGCCUGGAAUGGUUUCAUAAUAAACAUGAUUAAU